AUGCCCAACUUCAAAGCCAACCGUUCUUUCACACAAAAAAGCGCGCAUUCUAACAAUGCGGUCUGUACCGCAUUAAACAGUCAGAAAUCUAAAGCCAUUGACGAGGCUAACGCGCAUGGAAUAUCUACAGAGUUCGCCAAGAAGUACAGCAUUCACCGCGCGACGCUGUAUCGAUGGGCGAAAUCUCAAGUCGAGGUCAAGGCCGCUCGCCUCACGAAGACGUUUGCGGUUGAUACGCGCCGAGGCCCGUCUAUUAAGUAUCCAGAACUUGAGAAGAGAAUGGGUGACCGAUAUGAGAAGCAAUCGGUCAUGGUGGACGCUUCAAGCCACGAUUGCUCUCUGAGAGAAGAGACUGCACAGCCGUGGAGUACUUGCGGCGUUUUAGACUCCGCAACAGGAUCUCCAUACGUCGCAUCACUCACCGAGGCACUAAGCAUCCCUCAGAUUUAG